AUGAGUCAGGGUAAAAAGGGGAAUUUUAUUGGAGAUGGUACAUCUUUUCUAAAUACUCCUACAAGUCCCACUAAGAUGGUGGCGACCAGAUUUUCUAGCAUCCGAUCUUCCAUAAGUCAUGAUCCCUUUGAUGAUGAUUUGGAUAGUGCAUUGAUGAAAAUAGAUGUAGGUGGAGAGGUCAAAGAACUAGUAUCUGCCAGUAGUCGUAGUUAUAGUAAUCGCAGCAUCAGCAGCGAUGAUAUGAUUCCUUGUGGCCAAGUAGUGUCCAAAAUUGAUAAUGGGAAUGAAACUGACAACGAUGAAAAUGAUGAAGAAGAAGAAGAUCAAGAUGUUCCUCCAGAAUCCUCAUCUUCAGAAGAUGAAGUAUCUAUUGGGAAACUUCAUGGCUUUGGAGACUAUGCAACAUAUUUCCAGAAUAAAACUGCAAAGCAACAGAAGGCUGACAAGGACUAUUUGGAAUGGGAAACUAAACGUAGAGGUGGAUCCACUGAACGUCCCAUCUUUAGUGGGUGUGUGAUCCACGUUAAUGGUCAUACAGUGCCAUCUAUCAAUGAGAUCCAUCGAUUAGUGAUUUUAUAUGGGGGCAAAUUCAUCCAUUACUUACAUAACAAGGGAGCAGCAACCCAUAUCAUUUGUGAUAAACUUACACCUAGAAAAAUGAUACAAUUCAAAAACUACAAGGUUGUAAAGGCACAAUGGCUAGUGGACUCUAUAUCGAAAGGUGAACUAUUGGAUUGGUCUGAUUAUCGAGUUAUUGAAGAUGUUGUGUAUGGACAACAACGCUUAGGUUUUAGUAAGUUGGAGGACAAGAUUGAAGAGGAAGAAGUAGAAAAACAAGUACAACUGGAAAUUAUCAUGCCAAAUGAUCCUGAAUCCGACGAUGAAAUGAUCCCACUUACUCAAUCACAGAAUGAACAGAAUGAAGAAGUAACUCUUUCUCAGUCUGGGGAAGCUCACAUUGAAGAACUCAAUACUAACUUUGAACUAACUGCUAAUCGACAACUAGAUGCAAGGAAUCCCGAUUUUCUUGAACAUUUCUUUGCCUAUUCGAGACUACAUCAUCUUAGUACUUGGAAGGCUGAACUUCGAGCUCGGUUUUUAAAGAAAAUUCUUAAUGAAACAACCCCAUCUCAGGAAAAGAAGAAGUACGAUGUAAGAGUUGUUUUCCAUGUCGACUUUGAUUGUUUUUUUGCAGCUGCUUCCGCUUUGAAUCGACCCGAUUUGGAUAUUAAUAAGGAUCCUAUAGCGGUAUCUCAUGGACAAAGGACGUCUGAUGUGGCAAGUUGUAAUUAUAUUGCAAGAUCUAAGGGUGUAAAGAAUGGUAUGUGGAUGGCCCAAGCACGCAAACUAUGUCCAGAAUUAAUCAUAUUGGACUAUGAUUUUGAAGCUUAUGAACGUCAUUCUAAUGCCAUGUACGAUUAUUUAAUCCAAUCUGAAAUAUUUGAUGCUAUUUUCCCCGUCCUGGUUGAUGAGGUUUUACUUGAUGCUACUUCAUAUUGUAAUGCAAAUGCAGAUGGAGUUACUUCUACAGUCAAUGCGUUAGCUACUAAAUUAAGAAGUGACAUUUUCUCAAAAACUUCCUGUACUGUUAGUGUCGGUGCUUCGAAAAAUGUCUUACUUGCAAAAUUAUCGUUACGUCGAGCCAAACCAAAUGGUCAAUAUUAUCUUCAUGAGAACUUCGAGGAAUUUCUUGAAAAUAUACCUGCCAGAAACUUGCCCGGAAUUGGUGGUAGUAUCGUACGUAAAUUAACCGCAGCCAUUGGUGCUGAUGUGAAUCAUGUCCCUUUGAUUCUGGACUUGGGCAAACUAUCUUUAAUGAAAUUAAAAUCGAUAUUUGGUGAAAAAACUGGAAUUAAACUUUUCAAUUAUGCCAGGGGGAUUGAUGAUACAAGUAUUGAUAUCCGGCGGAAGGGUGAUGCCUUAAAACGUAAAUCUGUAUCUGUGGAUGUGAAUUAUGGAAUUAGGUUUGACACCGUAUCUCAACUAGAUAUAUUUUUGAUUGAUAUAUCAAAGGAACUUUACCGAAGGUUGAUCCGGUUAACCAUGUGUGGAACUAGUAUAACCCUCAGAUUGGCUCGUAGAGCACCGGAGGCUCCCAUCGAACCGGAAAAGUUUCUUGGGAUGGGCCAUUGUGUCUUUGCAAACAAAUCAGCUAAAUUUGGAGUUCCUACGAAUGAUUGGGGUAUCAUUGGAUCUGAACUCAAGGCUCUCUAUAGAAUGUUGAAUAUACCCGUUCACGAACUACGUGGGAUUUCCAUUACUAUGACUAAUUUAGAAGAUGUUGAAAAUAUAAAGAAAAAUAGACAAAUGAAAUUACCCUUUGCAUUGAAUACGGGAGAAAAUGAUAGUAACAAAUUGAAACCUUCUCCUGUGAGUUCACCACGGAAAUUUGAAGAAGAGAAUGAUAUUGAUUGGGAAGUAUUUAAUUGUUUACCACUAUCAAUUCAACUUGAGCAAAGAGAAGAACUAUUACGUAGAGGAAUCAUUCCUCCUGAGGUAGAUUCACAUCCACAGCCUAUUAUGGAAUCAACCCCUACUAGGGGAACCUCGAAAGUGUACAUGCAACAACUUAUUCCUAAAAUGGAAGAGGAGGGUGUAUCAUACACCAAAGUGAUUGAAUCUCCAACUCGGAGGUCCCCAACAAAGCGUAAACUUCAAUCUCCCUCCUAUAAACAAACCUCGCCAAGUAAACGUAGGCAGUCACCCAUCAAAUCUAGACUUCAAUCGCCUCUGCGAAUGGAAAUACCAAGACCCAAUUAUUCUACAUACGAUGAAACAGGCUCGUAUGAUGAAUCUGUUUUCAAUGCUCUUCCUAGCUCGGUUCAAAAGGAGGUGCUUUUUACCUUGGAGGAAAAGGCAAAGAACAAAAUGGCGUAUGGACACCAUAAAUCUGCACCUGUUCUCGAUUCUAAAUGGCUAUCUCGGAAACAUCCAUUGGUGAAACUUCCCUUGUUUCAGAACAAACCUACAACCAUUGGCAGUAUGAAGUCAUUGAUAUCAGGUUGGAUAAGCUCAUCUCUACUUCAAGGUGGACCACAUUUGGAUGAUGUCAACAUGAUGCUUGAUUACAUUGAAAAGUUGUUGCAACAAGAUAAUUUAUUACGAAGUAUGUCAAUUUUUCAACAUAUAAAGACUCGUUUAUUUUGUGAAAGUAUAUCAUUUGAGAGUGUUGGAAGCCCUUAUACUGAGAAUCAAGACACUAAAGCAUUAGUUGAAGUUGGGUUUAAAGAAUGGAGACAGAUUAUUGUGUCAUCCAUUGUACCUAUGAUCCAGAGGUACUGUAUAGAACACGAUAUUGAAGUUGAUACAUCAACAUGA